AUGGGGUUGAAUUUAGUUCCCUGUGGCAGUUUGGGAUUGAGCAAGCUGUAUCCGCCCCACUGUGGGGACUCUCCGCAUACACCGAGUGUCGACCAGGCGCCAAUGUCUGUUUACAACGCGCCAGCACUUGUGGUCAAUGAGAUACUGGAGUGCGGCUGGGAUAAUUUGGUUGUCGUCACUGGUUCCGGAGAGGAGGACCAGGAGCUUGCUUCUGUCUACACAAGAAUUCUGACCCUGCUCCAGGAGCAGUGGAUCUUCGUUCUCCAUUUUACCAUCGUUCAUGAAGCCACAGUGAAAGACAUGCUGACAUUGCUGCGUGAAGUAACCGCACACACGGCUGACGUUAAGAAUAUUCUUCUCUUGACGGAAUCUGCCCCAAGGCUUUUAAAAGUUGCGCAGAACUAUUACUGCAGUGGACAUACCAUUUCACUGAACGUCUGUCGGGCCAGGGUAGCCAUUGUCAGCAAGCUCGAGAGAGUUAGUGAGCUUGAAUUACAGCUCCAAAAUUCUGAAUUCGAUAACAUUGUUAUAUUCGCAGCCGGACAUCCACAGGCGUACACUUUGAUGUGGCGAGAGAACAGAACCCGGCAGCUGGACACAGUGGAUACAAUGACGUCACGGUCAACAGACUGGGACUGCGCCAUCCUGCCCAAUUUGAAAUUCGGCCUGAACCAGAGGAGGCUCAGAUCCCUUACCAAAGAGUGGGCGUCUGAACUAUACAAGGUGCGUGACCCCAAAACUGGCAACAUCUACUACGACGGUUUCCUCAUUGACGUUCUAAACACCCUGUCUGAAGUGCUCAACUUUUCUUACGUUCACGUGCCUGGACCAGCGCUUGACGACUCGCUGACCUGGGAGGAGUACCCAAAGGUGAUCGCCCGCGGGGAGGUGGAUUUUGGCGCCACUCUCUGGCCGGCGAGCACCGUGUUCUACUUCAACCACUCCAUCACGUACAACGUCAUUUUUGCCGCUUUUACCGGCGCCUACAUCUACGAAGACAGUGCGUCAAACCAGACGCUCGGCUCCCCGUUCAUGUUUAUUAUAUUCUCGCCCGCUGUGUACCUCCUUAUUGUCGCCAGCUUUCUGUGGUGUGUGUUCCAGUAUAUUGUCGUGACGCUCUGCGAGUCUCAGCUAGAGUACACUGAUGGAGUCACCAGCAAGGACCAUACCUGCUCGCAUGGUCAACACGGAAUAGACACCUCGGUCUCGCCUCAAAUCGCUGGGAACGGUAACGAAACCGAUGUCGAAUUUCAACGAAAAAUUUCCAUCGAUGGCGACUGUGGGGAAUCACCAUGUUCUAAAAAAACAGUUGACAUUCUGAUAUCUGAAAAGUCCAGGCCUUUGUCAAGAGCUGUCUGCGUAGGUAAAAAAUAUUCCUUCAUGGUUACAGUUGCAUUUGGGUUUUGGGGUGCGAUAUGCAACCAAGCUAGUCUACGCUUGCAUAGAGGGUUGAGUGCAAGAAUUAUAUUCGCCACUUGGUGUAUCGCGAUUGGUGUUCUUUCUGCGCACUACAACGGCUCACUGACGGCUAACCUCAUAGAGAAAUCAAAACCUCUCCCUUUUUCAACUUUCCAAGAAAUGCUGGACCGUGGUGACGUAAAAUGGGGAAUUCCCUAUGACGUAUCCCUUAUACGAGUGUUGAGGGCGUCACCGCACACUUCCAUCUUGAGACGGGUUUACGAGGGCGCUGAGUUUUUCACAGAAGAUAAUUCCACGGCGUCCGAAAGCAAAGACGCCCUAUUGUUCAAGCUGCAAUCGGAACGAUAUUUCGUCGUCAUUACACUCCGCUACAUCCUAGAAAGAAUGAAGAGAAAGAAAAAUCCUAACAUCCUGUUGCUAAAAGACGACCUCAUGCGCAAUGACCUGGGGUUCAUCAUGCCACGCGACUCCGAGUUGCUAGACAUUUUUAACCAAGAGCUCUCCAAGAUGACUCUAUCAGGAGUUAUGGAUUACCUCAGACGGAAAUGGAAGGUUCGCACUUCCGGUGGAGUACAAUCCAAGUGCACAAGUAACUGCCUCACUGAAGGGGGCACUUUGAAAUUCGAAGACCUUAAAGGAUUUUUCUUCUUUAGCGCUCUAGCUAUUAUUGUGUCUGUUGUUGUUCUAAUUGUUGAAAAUAUGUAUGUAAAAUGUAAGUCAUGGAGAGACAAAUCCUCGAAACAGGCUUAAAGUGGGGAAAGCUGUGCAAAACAUGGGUCGGAGAAAGGUAUAUUCUACUUAAUCUGAGCAAUA